AUGGGAGACGUGGUCGAUAGCUUCGUGAACUGCCCGGUGUACGCGCCAUUCUUUGGUGCAAUGGGCUGCACCUCCGCAAUUGUUUUCACCUGUUUCGGCGCCGCUUAUGGAACCGCCAAGUCUGGUGUUGGUAUUUGCGCUAUGGGUGUUUUACGACCUGAUCUGAUUGUCAAGAACAUUGUACCAGUUAUUAUGGCUGGUAUCAUUGGUAUUUACGGUCUCGUCGUGUCGGUUUUGAUUUCGGAUGGACUUAAGCAACAGUUGCCACUGUACACGGGCUUCAUCCAACUCGGUGCAGGUCUUAGUGUUGGUCUAGCUGGUCUUGCUGCUGGAUUCGCCAUUGGUAUUGUGGGUGAUGCUGGUGUACGUGGUACCGCACAGCAACCUCGUCUCUUCGUCGGCAUGAUUCUUAUUCUCAUUUUCGCUGAAGUCUUGGGUCUUUAUGGCUUGAUCGUUGCCCUCCUGAUGAACUCGAAGGCUAACGUCGACGUUUCGUGCUAA